GUGCCUUACUCUCUUCUGAGGCAAUAGCCAACAUUCUUAGAAAACAAAGAAAAACUCAAGAAACAUAAUUAAUGGCUAAGAUCUCUGGCAAUUUUGCCAUGGCGUGUAUACAUGCAGCAAUUCUGUUUGUAUAUGUCAUGACUGUAGCAAAUGCUGCAAGGGUGAUGAUGCCUCUACACCCUUAUAUGCGGGAACAAGAAAAGCCCGUCUCCAAUAUCUUCGAUACUUCCAAGUAUGGUAUUUUACAGCUUGGCAAUGGCUUGGCCAAGACUCCUCAGAUGGGAUGGAAUAGCUGGAAUUUCUUUGGCUGCAAUAUCAAUGAAAAAGUUAUCAAGGAAACAGCUGAUGCACUUAUUUCAACUGGUUUGGCCAAAUUAGGCUAUAAUUAUGUGAAUAUAGAUGAUUGCUGGUCCGAGCCAUCACGGGAUUCAGAUGGUCAACUAAUUCCUGACCCUAAGACGUUUCCAUCAGGAAUUAAAGCUCUUGCUGAUUAUGUGCAUUCUGAAGGCCUCAAGCUCGGUAUCUACUCAGAUGCAGGGGCUUUCACAUGUCAAAAGCGACCUGGAUCACUUCAACAUGAAUAUGAUGAUGCAGUUCUUUUUGCAUCUUGGGGUGUUGAUUACUUGAAGUACGACAACUGUUUCAAUCUGGGCAUUGAUCCAGAAGAAAGAUAUCCACCAAUGCGUGAUGCAAUAAAUGCAACUGGACGCACAAUAUUCUAUUCACUUUGCGAAUGGGGCGUGAAUGACCCUGCCUUGUGGGCAGGCAAGAUUGGAAACAGUUGGAGAACAACAAAUGACAUUAAUGAUUCAUGGGCAAGCAUGACUGAAAUUGUCGAUAUCAAUGACAAGUGGGCAGCCUAUGCAGGACCUGGAGGAUGGAAUGAUCCCGAUAUGUUAGAAGUUGGAAAUGGGGGCAUGACGUACCAGGAGUAUCGAGCACAUUUUAGCAUUUGGGCCUUGAUGAAGUCACCGCUUUUGAUUGGUUGUGAUGUAAGAAACAUGAGUGCAGAGACAUUUGAAAUUCUAAGCAACGAGGAGGUUAUUGCGGUAAACCAAGAUCAUCUUGGGGUUCAAGGAAGGAAAGUUUUUGCUUACGGGCCUGAUGGCUGCUAUCAGAUUUGGGCUGGUCCCCUGUCCGGGCAACGUUUGGUUGUUGCAUUAUGGAAUAGAUGUUCAAAAACUGCUACUAUUACCGCUAAAUGGCCUUCACUUGGACUUGAAUCUUCUAUCAUCGUCUCAGUAAGAGAUUUGUGGAAGCACGAGUUUGUUUCUCAGAAUUCAAAGUCCUCAUUCAGUGCACGAGUUGAUGCUCAUGCCUGCGAAAUGUACAUUUUUACUCCAACGAUGGAAACUCACUCGGCAACUUAAUCAGAUGAUUAGAGAGAGCUUUAUUUCUUGGUACAACCUGUUUGGGAAGUUGAUAGCCAAGUUAUGUGCAGAAACAAAUAAUUUUACUGAAGAUGAAGAGUAGAACCUUAGGCAUUUAUGUUGUAUUGUGUGAUUCAUGGUUGCUAUCUCAGCUUCUAAUGGAGCUCAGAAGAUGGGCAAUUUAGCUUGUAAUCAUGAAUAAGUUAGAACAGUUAGCAGUCUGUACUGCAAUUAUAGAGAGUCAUAGGAUUGAGAUUGGAAGUUUUCACACUGUUGAUUGUAUGAUUUGUUACUUUGUCAGUUAAAUAUUGUAUUUCUAUUA